UCCUCCACCAUUUCGCUGCGUCAAGUCUCCUCCCCGCGACCGCUACAUUCUGCGCCGAAACCCAGUCUCUCCCGGACCGGAUUUUCACUUCUUCCCACCGACCAAGGGGUACCUCGUUGGGUAACGGGAGACAGUUUGGGUCGCUGACAAUACGGAUUGAGUGCGAUUUUUCGCGGAUGACGACUCCUUCUGCGAGAAUUUAGUAAAAGAAAAUCGGUCGGAAAUUUCAGAGCAUGUGGAGUGGCGCUUAAGUUCAGCAUCCUGGAAGUAGAAAGCACAGAAGACCCGUGUCUCGCACCACAGACAGGUGUAGGUUGUAAACGGAUCAUCACUGAGGAAGACGACCCUGUAGGAGGGGCGGCGCUGCAGCGUGCGUCUCCUGCUGUGGAUGUGCUGGGUGUCCACCCCCAGUCUGCACAGAAUGUGGCUGGGGCGUCAUCACGGCACGCCCCGCGGCCAGUUGCAGCUGCCCCCCGCCCAGUCCCUCCUGUCACCAGCUUGCCUACAGUCCCAACUCCAGAGGAGAACUUGGAAACUCUUGUCAUGGAGAAUGACGCACAAGAUGGUCUCCUUACCGGAGAUGCUGCGGUUUCAGAAAACGUCUUGGUUCAAGAAGUCGCAACCUCACCAGUGGACGGUAGAACACAGAAGUCGGUUUGUGGAUUACCAACUGGAAAAAUCCUCUCAAAUAGUCAAUCACAGCAGGUUCAGCCAGGCUCAGGAUCUGCUGAAACGGUUACACAGACGACUGUUACCGUUGAAUAUAAACCAGGGACACCUCAAGAUGCGAAUACCUCCCCCAAGUCUCAGACAGGACUCCAACAGGACCGAGAAGAUGGUCUCCAGGACGUUGCAUCUUUGUCCACAUGCGACAGCAGUCAACAAACUGUCCUACUGGCUCAGACAGUCAACACAAAUCAAGUCGGUGGCGCAGAUGCUGUCGACUCUCUGGAGUCCAGCAAAAUGUUUGCCCAAAACCAGUGUUGUGAAGCACCUAAAUCACCACCUACUGAGAUUUUGGAGACAACAACAGAGCCUGAAACAUCACCUGGGGUUUGUUCCACAGAGCAGGCUCAUUGUGGGUCCAACACUUUAGCAGACGAAGAAAAAAAUCACAGCAAUGUGGAUGGAGAACUGGAAGAUCAAAGUGUACAGUCCUCCAAUAUCUCAGUUCAUCCCAUCUUUGACACUGACCAUGUCAUGUCCCUGCAAGCCGAGCAGGUUGAUGAGGCUGAAGCAUCACAGCAUGUCCACAUCACACAGUCACCACUGAUUGCUGGGCUCGUUCAUUCUACAGAUGCUCAGGAGAUUGUGGUUGUGCAAGAGGGGGCGCACAUCAGUGGGGACUGGACUAACGUUCACCUGAAGCAGAGUUACCUCCUGCAGCGGGAAGACGGAACUGUCUGCGAAGCUGCUAUUGUCAACCAGCUAGCUCCUGGGGACGCAAAGCUGUAUGAUGGAAGUGUCCACGCCGGUUUGGACCUGGACUCUCAGUCUGUGGAAGUGUACCAGUUUUGCAGUCUGGUGGAGGAAGUUGCCGAGGAGACCAUAUGUGGCAGCAGUAGUGUGCAAGUGCCCCAGUCUCCAGGAUAUGAGGUGAACUUAUUUAAUGCUUUACUGGGGAACGCAGAGGAGUAUGGCGUGAAAGUGGAUUUGGAAUCCACACUGGACCCUUCUGUUCAGACCUUUAAUGAGAAUGUGAUACUUUCUCAGCAGAUAUCUGACCAAACACAACAGGAUAGUAAUAGUGCUGCAGUUGAGCAGCGUCUUGUGGUCGACCCGGACUCUAGCCAUGUCUGUUUAGUUCAAGUCUCUGAAUCCUUUACUGUGGAUCAGACAGACUUAAGAGCUCAAAUUGUGGUAAAUUCAGAGGGCUCUGGCAAAGCAGGAGUCAACAAGGACCAUGUUCCUCACACAGGUUCCUUAGAACAAGCUGAGGCUGCAGGUUCAUCAGCCGUUGACACAAGUGACGUGGCAGACCCAGCAUCACAGGGAGCAGAUCAGAGUCAGUCAGUUGUAUGUGCAAUGAAGCAAGAGGCCCAACAUUCUGUGGGGUCUAAAGACACUUUGGCUUCAUCGGAUGCUCUGUCAGACUCUGUUUCUGUCAGUACAGGGACCAAACUAGUCCCCCAUUCUUCUGUUACUGUCAACCAAAAGCUCAUGCCUCCAUCGAGAGGAGUGCCCGCCCUCGAGCAAUCACAGUCUGGCACACAGCGGCCCAUCGAAGCAGAUGGCAACCCCAGUUCUCAAGCUACAUCGGUGAGUGCUGUGUGCGAUCAUGCAACGUAUGACGCUACAGCAAAAAGUCUCUUCAGUCCAAGCCUGGAUAAACCUCCUGUCCUGGUUCAGAAGGUAGCAGGAGGACCUGGCACAGGUGAAGCAUCCAAAGACCACCACCUGCCCACUUCACUACAGCCUAAAUUGCCUGACAAGAAAGAGAGUCAAUAUAUGGAGGCCCUUUUGCCAGAUGAACCUCCAGAGCAGUCAGACAAUGAGGAGGAAGAUGAUGACGAUGAUGAGGAUUAUGAGGUAGAAAUGGAUCAGGACGAGACUCUGGAAGACGCUGCCUCAGGACAAGUCAGCAGUCAAGAUGAAGACAGUGAUGAUGAACCAGACAAAAGUGGUACCAGCACUCCAGGCUCGUCUGUCCAGGUUCGUCAAUGGAUCUCUGAGAGGGUUAAAUCCUCAGCCAUCCGUCCGUCCUCUUCGGCAUCAGCUAUAUCCUCUACAGACUGGUCCACGCCAAUACGAGAAAAGUCCUCUCCUUUACGGGGUCUCCAUGGCAAGUUCAUCUCUCCUUCCUCUCACGACCAAUCCACUCCCCAGAGACCGAGAGGGGAGCGACACACUGACAUGGCAGAGCUUGCUAAACAUGAAGCGGAAAUCGAACAUCGGACACAGGCAUUGAAGAGAGAAGGGUUCUGGUCCACGAAACGUCUCACCCGCUUACCUGAACCUCAACGUCCCAAAGUCCAGUGGGAUUACCUAUGUGAGGAGAUGCAGUGGCUGUCGGCAGACUUCGCUCAGGAGCGCCGCUGGAAGCGGGGUGUGGCUCGCAAGGUGGUCCGUAUGGUGAUGCGGCACCAUGAAGAACUUCGCCAGAAGGAGGAAAAAGCAAAACGAGAUGAGCAUGCUAAGAUCAGGAGAGUUGCCUCUUCUAUUGCCAAAGAAGUGCGGGCAUUCUGGAGCAGUGUAGAGAAGGUGGUUCAGUACAAGCAGCAGUCCAGACUUGAGGAGAAGAGGAAGAAGGCUCUUGACCUUCAGCUGGACUUUAUAGUGGGUCAGACAGAGAAAUACUCUGACCUACUGAGCAAAUCCCUUGCACCCACUCGACCGGUUGAAGCUGCUCCUGGGUUGGGUCAAACCCCUACCUCUGGCCCUGCUGAAGAGGAUGACAGAGACUUUGAGCCUUUAGGCGAGGAGGAGGAUGAUGAGGAGACAAUUGAGGUGGAGGAGCAGCAGGAGGGAAAUGACGCUGAGAGUCGUCGCAAAGAGAUUGAACUGUUGAAGGAGGAAGGUCUGCUGCCUCUGGAUCAACUGAUCAGCACCCUCAAACUGCCGCAGGAGGCUGACAAAGAGGAGUGUUCAGAUGGAAGUUCUUCAUCUGUGGAGGAAGAUGAUGAAUUCACUGCCAAUGAGGAGGAUGCUGAGGAUGAGGAGGACACAAUCGCUGCUCAGGAAAAGGUUGAAGGAAAUGUGGAUCACACAGAAGAACUGGGAGACUUGGCCAGAGAGGGUGACAUGAGCAUUGAAGAACUUUUGGAGAAGUACAAAGGAGCAUACACAUCUGACUAUGAGGCUCCGUCUCCGUCUGCGUCUAAAGAAACUUCAGAUUCAGAGUUUUCUGCAGACGAGGAAGAGGAAGAGACAGAGGAUGAGGAGAGCGAUGAGGAGAGCAACUCCGCCACUUCAGAGUCCUGUGAUGAGAGUGCUGAAGAGGACCAGACUGACAAGGAAGAGAGUGAAGACGACCAUGGAGAUGAAGGGAUGGAGGUCCUAUUGAAGGAGGGAGACCAAAGUCCUCCAUUGUCCACCUCUAGACCAAAGAAGGAGAUCAGCCACAUUGCAGCCACGGCAGAGAGUUUGCAACCCAAGGGGUACACGCUGGCCACCACCAAGGUUAAGACACCCAUCCCCUACUUACUCCAUGGCACAUUGAGAGAGUACCAGCACAUCGGCCUGGAUUGGCUGGUCACCAUGUUUGAAAAGAAACUGAAUGGAAUCCUGGCUGAUGAGAUGGGUCUGGGCAAAACCAUCCAGACUAUUGCAGUGCUGGCCCACCUGGCAUGUGAGAAAGGCAACUGGGGGCCACAUCUGAUCAUUGUUCCCACCAGUGUCAUGCUCAACUGGGAGAUGGAGUUGAAGCGCUGGUGUCCAGGGUUUAAGAUCCUCACCUACUAUGGUAGUCAGAAGGAAAGGAAGCUCAAAAGACAGGGUUGGACCAAGCCGAACGCCUUCCAUGUCUGCAUUACGUCCUAUAAGCUGGUUCUGCAGGAUCACCAGGCAUUUCGGCGGAAGUCUUGGCGCUACCUCAUCUUAGAUGAGGCACAAAACAUCAAGAACUUCAAGUCUCAGCGUUGGCAGAGUCUGCUCAAUUUCAACAGCCAUCGACGCCUGCUGCUGACAGGAACACCGCUCCAAAACAGUCUGAUGGAACUGUGGUCCCUGAUGCAUUUCCUGAUGCCGCACGUCUUCCAGUCACAUCGUGAGUUCAAGGAAUGGUUCUCCAACCCACUGACGGGGAUGAUCGAAGGCAGCCAGGAGUACAAUGAAGGUCUGGUCAAGAGACUACACAAGGUCCUCAGACCAUUUCUGCUGAGGAGGAUCAAAGCAGAUGUGGAGAAGCAGAUGCCGAAGAAAUACGAACAUGUUGUCCGCUGCCGCCUCUCGAAAAGACAGAGAUUCCUUUAUGACGACUUCAUGGCCCAAGCAUCAACUCGAGAGACCCUUGCCAGUGGUCACUUCAUGUCUGUUAUCAACAUCCUCAUGCAGCUGCGUAAAGUCUGCAACCAUCCCAAUCUGUUUGAUCCUCGGCCGAUCCAGUCCCCCUUUAUCACCAAGCCCAUUGUUUUCCACACUGCUUCACUGGUGUUGGAUGCCCUUGAUGUCCCCCCUCUGAAGCGCUGUGACCUGUCUAUGUUCCACCUCAUUGGAAUGGAGGCCACUGUCUCCAGAUACCAGGCUGACGUCUUUGUGCCUCGGCACAAGGUUGAACGAAAGCUUAUCCAGGAAAUUAUGGAGGCACCUGAACCCCCUCCAAGACCCAAACCAGUGCGCAUGAAAGUCAACAGGAUGCUCCAGCCACCUCCCAAACCUGACACUCGACCUGUACUGCUCAUGAACAAGCCCACCUGCUCUGUGCAGCCUGCCUCACAGACUCCCACACCGGUUAGCUCCGAAGCGCCAUCAACUCCUACUCCAGUCGUUCAACAAGUGGUGUGCACCGUAGCCAGCACACCUCCUCCUCCUCGCCCUCCUUCUGCUCCUCAGACUGCUGUCAGGUCCAGCUUUCCCAAGCCGGUGCUGACAGUCCGACCUCCCAUUUCUCCAUGUGUUACUGGGGUCCCUGCACACCCAAGUCCGAACCCCAGCAUGCCCCAGAGAGUUCUGCUGAGUCCAGACAUGCAGGCCCGGCUUCCAUCCGGCGAGGUGGUUAGCAUUGCUCAGCUGGCGUCUCUGGCAGGGCGACCUGUAUCAUCGUGUCAAGGCAGCAAACCAGUCACCUUCCAGCUCCAGGGGAACAAACUGACUCUCUCCGGAGCUCAAAUCCACCAAGUUCCUGUAGCUCCUCCAAGACCUGUGCAGGGGAAUGUGAUGCACAUUGUGUCCAGUGGGGGGCAGCACCACCUCAUCAGUCAGCCUGCCCAGCUGACUGUCCAGACCACCAACGCUCAUCCUGCUACACCAUCCACUCCUGCCCCAAGUCGCCUGCCUCUAAGCGCCUCUCAAGUUCCCGCAUCUGUGGUCAGCAGCCCCGGUGUGGUCAAGAUCGUUGUUCGUCAGUCAACAGGCAAGGAAGGCGGGCCUGUUCCCUCAAUGGCCGUGGCCCCUUCCCCUCGUGUGGCCCCUCAACCCUCUCGUCCCCUUCACCCAAACACCACCCCUGUCAGACACACGGCAACACUACAGAUAACCCCACGCACACCUGGUCCUGCUACUGCCCACUACACCAUAGCUCCUCCCCGAGUCCCUAGUACCACCCCGAACCAGCCCCACGCACCUCGACCUAUCCUCAAAGUAGUUCAACCUCCUAUCCUAAGUGCAGACCAGCCAGCUCCAACACCACCAAUUCCAUCUUCUGUGAGUAAAUCAGUGCCACUUAGUGACAGCAAGAGCAGCCAAAUACCUAUAACCAGCAAGUCCCGUCCAGCUCUGAAAGCUCCCCCACCUACUCCAAGAAAAGUGCCUCGCCUGCCUCCUCGCUCACCGUUUCACAUGUCAUGGUUAGAGAAUGUUCACAAGCAGCAGCACAACAGCAAACUGGACUUGCUUGCUCGAAUAAAUAUGGAGCGCUGCUCCGCGUCACCCAUCUAUGGAAAAGAGGUGUUGGAUUUCCUCACUUUCCUCAAUGGUCCAUGCCCCUCCCCGGCUGCAAGCAAAGGUGAGGGUGACUGGAUGCGUUCUGGUCACAGCAGCUCCCUGUACUCUCAGUGGAGUCACAGACAGGACUUCUGGUGUCAGAGUGACGCUGUUAGAGGGGCCAUCCAUGGAAUUGAGGAGAGACUGGAGCUUCUGACUGACAUUGUCGACAGGUUCACCUUUGUGAUACCUCCUGUGGAGGCUCCUCCCAUCUCACUGCACUGCUGCCAUCCUCCUCCGUCUUUAAGCCACCAGCAAACUAUCUUCUCCUCCAUGUUGACUAGUCAAGUUUCUCCGCUGGCUCGUAGCCUUCACAGAAUUCAGUGCAACACCAGAACCCAGUUCCCAGACCUCCGGCUCAUCCAGUAUGACUGUGGAAAACUACAGACGCUUCACACUCUGCUGAGGAAGCUAAAGACCGGAGGCCAUCGUGUGCUGAUCUUCACCCAGAUGACUCGGAUGCUGGAUGUGCUAGAGCAAUUCCUCAACUACCAUGGACACAUCUACCUCCGCUUAGACGGCAGCACGCGCGUGGAACAGCGGCAGGCGUUGAUGGAGCGCUUCAAUGCCGAUCGGAGGAUUUUCUGCUUCAUUCUGUCCACCCGCAGUGGAGGAGUUGGAGUCAACCUGACUGGUGCUGACACAGUGGUCUUCUACGACAGUGACUGGAAUCCAACCAUGGAUGCACAGGCACAGGACAGGUGUCACCGUAUUGGCCAAACCAGGGAUGUCCACAUCUACAGGUUGAUAAGUGAGCGUACAGUUGAGGAGAACAUUCUGAAGAAGGCCAACCAGAAGAGGAUGCUGGGAGAUAUGGCCAUUGAGGGAGGAAACUUCACCACUGCGUUUUUCAAAGAGCAAACCAUCCGAGAGCUUUUUGAUGUGAACGACAGCGAGAAGAGAGAGGCAGCCGUUGACCUGGCUGUGUCGAACCAAGAUGAGGAGGAGACCACCAACAAACAGAACACCACAAUUUUGGAGCAGGCUCUGUGUCGGGCUGAGGAUGAGGAGGACAUCGUAGCCGCCUCUCAAGCCAAAGCUGAACAGGUUGCAGAGUUGGCUGAGUUCAACGAGAACAUUCCAUUGGACGAUGGCGGAGACCAAGAGGAGGUGGAGGAACUGUCCAAGGCAGAGCAAGAAAUCGCUGCUCUCGUAGAGCAGCUGACACCCAUCGAGCGCUAUGCCAUGAAUUUCCUGGAGGCCUCGUUAGAAGACGUGUGCAAGGAGGAACUGAAACAAGCUGAGGAACAAGUGGAGGCUGCCAGAAAGGGUCUGGACCAGGCCAAGGAGGAGGGUCUCAAAGUUAACGCUCCAUCAGACGAGGACGAGGACGACUUUGCUUCUUCUGCAUCUGUGGAACCUUCCCCACCAGCUCCGGCUCAUCGUGGCCGCAAACCCAAAGACAAGACCGUGACGUCCACACGAACAAGUGGGCGGCUGCGUGGGGCCUCGCCUGAGCCCGAGCCACAAUCCCUGACACCUAAAGAAGUGCCUGAAAGGCAGCGUGUAGGUCUGAGGGGACGGGGGGCUGCUAGAGAUGCUGGAUCCUCAACACCGUCCCGGUCCGACCCACCGAAACCCUCUCACACCAAAUCUUUAAAAGCUUUGUCUCCUGUCAGAGACCUGACUAGUGUCAAGACCAGGACUACACAAUCCCCCCAAGCAAGUCAAGUGCCUUCACCGCCAACAGCCUCCACCAUGACAGGAAAACCUGCCGUAGACCCGGAGAACAAGAAUGAUAGAGGUAGCAGAGAGGAGGAGGCUCAGAAGGAAACAAGGGUGUCAGAGUCUUCACUGGAAUCAAGUGUGGACCCUGUGGCGAAAGACCGUGACACCAAAGACCAAAGCUCCGUGUCCUUGCCGUCCACCAGCUCCCGCUCACCUCGCAAGCGCCAGUCAGCAGAUGAGGAGGUCCUUCGAGGUCUAGUUGACGACUCACCAUCUGCCAAAGUCCUGCGAAAGCUCCCGGGUCGUCUGGUGACGGUGGUAGAGGAGAAGGAGCCGAAGAGGAGGAGGAGACGAGGGAGCGGUACUGCAGGGGGAACUUCCUCUGAGGACGCUGCUGCAGAGGACGAGAUAAACAAAAGUCAAAGUGCUAGGGUUGUUAAACCGCCUCAGGAGCAGGACUCCACCCCAAGUCCUCCUUUGCAGCCAGUCCGAACUUAUCCUCCAUACUCGCCGCCUCAUCUCUCCCCCGACAUGCCGGUGCUGAGGAACCUGCCCGUGCGUCGCAGGUUAGAGACGGAGUCUCGCAUGGCUGCACAACUGGCGGAAUUGCAGCGAGGAAAAGGCGGGGCAAAGAAGCCCGAGCCAGCUUCUGCCUCAGAUUCCAAUUCUCUCAGCACUCCUCCAAAAAGGAAGAGGGGAAGGCCUGUGAAGUCCCCGUCUGAGCCCACCAUCCCUGUCUGUCGGUCACCUCAGCCCACUCCCCCCAGUGACAAAGAAAGCCCUCCUCUGUCCCCAAAACGCAAGCGAGGCCGUCAACCCAUAACCUCUCCUGAACCCGGUGGUGUCGAGGUAAAGUCUGAGAAAGAAGCAGCUAAGGCUGCUGUACAGGCAGUUCUGCCCUCCAGCCAGGCACAGUCACCUGAUGCCAAUUCCACCAAUCCAAACUCUAGUAACGCUAAAUCAGCCGACUUAACCACUAAUGACCAAAGUUCUGUCCUUGUCUCAGAUGCUGUCUCAGAACCUCGUGAUGCGUUUGUGUCAUCCGCCUCCACCCCCACUGUUACUGGUGAAGUGACACCCGUUGUCUCACCCAGUGAUUCUUUAAAAGUGCCACCUGAACCAAACAUGGCGGUAUCAGAACCAGGUAUCCAAUUAUGUUCAUUAACCCCAGAGUCCACUGACACUCCUUUUGGACCAGACUCACCAACACUGAACUCAACAGUCUCCACCACACCCCUCUCAGCACCGGCCCUGUCCAUGCCGACUCUUGCUACACUGCCCUCACCACCUGGCGCAGCAACAAAAGAAAACAAUAGCCAGCAGAGCACCUCCAUCACUCCGUCAACAUCUGAUGCUCUGAAAGACCCUGCAGCUUCUGCCCCUGCACCCACGACUACUCUGGAUGCAAAUCUCACAAAGCCCAGUGUCACCUCCUCACCUACUCCAGCUGGUGCUUCGGUCCCUCAAGAAACUUCCCCUCCAGGCCUGGCGCCACCCACGGUCCCUGCUCCACUGGAAGCCCCUGUUCAGAAAGCUCCUUCAGGCAACACACCAAAGUCAUCAGCAAACGGUUUAACGCUAGAACUCAGCAACUCAGCAGUGACAGCUGAAGAGUCUCCUGUUGCCAUGGUGACCAGUAUGGAGUCCAUGACAGGACUCAAGUCUUCUCCUCCUUCAAGUAUUAAAGGAGAGUGUCCUGCUCAGGAAAUGAUGCUGAAGGACCAUCCCUGUAAGAGUCACCCAGAUCAGGUGACCCACAGUGAUGCUAAGGUCGCGGAGGCCAAAGGUAGUAGAAGGAAGGAGCGUGACAGCAAAGAGGAAGAGUCUCUGUCCAAAAGGAGGAAGCUGGAAUGUUCCUCCGAGGCCAAAGACCCCGAGCAAAGUCAAAUGAAAGCGCAAGAGGCUCCAGCCACUGAAGAACCUAAAUCAAUGGUCCAGAGACGAUCUCUAAGCAGGCAGAGCAGUCAGGAAUCCACUCGCUCGUCCUCGCCUUCCUCCAGCUGCUCCAACGCUACACUCACUCGCUAUGCCCACCACAAGAGGACGUACGAGAACAGACAUCCCACCAAGAGGAGGCGUGCUGAUGUCACAGCCGAUUCUGAGGCUAAAGAGGAGGAGAGAGACGAAGAGGAGCCCGCCUCCACUCACAGAAGCCGCUCCAGGUCUUCAUCCACCGACUCAUCGGACUGCGACGGCAAGAAGGACCCCCGGCUGACCCGCUCAGCCAACCGCAGGCUUCAAGACCAGGAGAAGGAAAAGGGCAGUGGUCGUCCUGGGAAAAAACCAGCACAGUGUUCUCGUAGAACUGCGUCCAAUAACACCUCCACUGAAUCUGGGAGCGACACGCCUUCCGUUCGUAACACCCGGAGGUCUCAGGACUUUAAACCACAGACCAACAGUGCGCCGCCGCUUGCUCCAGAGCCUGAGGUUCGGGGGAAGAGGUGUUCAGCGCUUAAUGCAGCAGCAAAACUUCUUGCAAUGAAAGGAAGAGUGGACACACCAGGUCACACUCCACGUAAAGACUCUGUCAAAACAAGCGGGUCGCCCCCAGCUGUUUCCACAGACCCAGGUCAAAAUGCCAAAUUGAAGAGUCCGCCGACCUCCCCCCAGACCAACUCUGUCACUGUCACGAACAACAAAAGUGCUCAGCACAGCAAGGGGUCCCCGCCCAGUCAAACAAGCCGCUCCACUGCACGCUCUACUCGACAGUGUCCUGGCUCUCUGGUACCACCUCUAGAACUGGAACACAAAAGGUCCAAGUCAGAGGGAAAGGGCAGAGGGAGCCACAAGUCGCCAAGAAGCAAGGAGAGCGAGGGUGAGGCGCGAUCCUCGUCUCGGGCCCACAGUGCCUGCAGCAGCAUUAGCAGCGACGGAGAGGGCGGCGAACGCAGCAGCCGAAGUCGCAGCAGUAGCAACAGCAGCAGCCGGCGGACUCGCAGCAUCAGCUCGCAAAACACGGAGCACAGAGAGUCGCGCUCACGGGCCACGUCUUCGGGCAGUGACAGGGACCGCAGCUCUGACAGGAGGAGGAGGGACAAGAAGAAACAGCAGCAUCAAAAGAGCAGACGGUCUCACAAACUGGAGGCGAGCAGCAGUGCAGAGGGGACGCCAGACCGAGUGCUCCGCAGUGUGGCAGCGCUGGCUGCCGUCCAGGCCAGGUCUCCUGCGGCCAGCACGCGCUCCUCUGCCGGCCAGCAUCGCCAUACCAAGACAUGAACGGCGCAGGACUUGAUGUAGACGCAAGAAGGUGGAGAGCAGGCUGGGACCUCCCAGGUAUGUCCGCGCUCUCGCUGCUGCUCUGGGUUCCUAGACAUUGGUGCUGGUUCCCUUGUCAGGGUGAUGCCCAGUUGCAGGAAUGAAUCACGAUGUCAUCGUUGGGCGGAGAUGGUUUGCUGAAGACUCCGACAUGUCAUCAUUAACAGAACUGGCGCCCACUCGAGGCCUGUUAGGAGUUUUAUGCAACAGGGCAGGCGGGAAAUGAGUCUUAGAUGGACUAUUGAUGUUACCGUUUAUGAUUUCCUUUGAGUCUAAGCUACUACAGCUACUUUUCAUUUUAAACUCCAGACUUUUGAUUUGCACAUCUGAUCACACAGCACCCACAUUUUUUUAAGGUCUUUUCAACUUUUCACGUUUCCAAUGGUUUCUGUUUAGUUCCACUUCAAGCACUCAGUGACUAUCAGUAAAGAGGCGCUACCAUGAAAUGAAGCGGUGCCUCUGUGGCCAAAUGGGUUUGAGUGGUCAAUUCCCUUAUGAUGCAUCGGGUGCUCGCCGUUUUCCAUGAGCCCUACAGUAGAAUCUAAAAAUUUGAGUGAAAAUGAAUUGAUUUGUGCUUCGUUGUAACGUUGGACAAAUGUGAAUUAACGUGUACAAUUAGUUGAUUUGUCCAUUUUCAACCAUGAUGGACACUUAGGGGUGAGGGAGGGGUUGUUGUCAGGGUUGUUGGUUUUGAUUUGUGUCUGUUUGUCGCAUUCCUGAUUCCUGUGUAAUUCCACUUUGUUUUACUUGAAGACUGAAGACGAUUACAGUUGAAUAAAAAAAAAAAAGUCAAAAUGGAACCUCUUGUGUGGACGUGGGAUUUCUUCUUGGGUU